AACAAUCAUAUCAUAACAAACAACACAUCAUGAACACAUUUCUCCUUCUAACGUUUGUGUUUCUGUUGGCAUCUGUUUCCGCUCAAAACUGCGGGACACAAGGCGGUAACGCACCAUGUUCCAACGGUAACUGUUGUAGCCAAUACGGUUUCUGUGGAAACACUCCGGAUCACUGCUUGCCGUCAAAUAACUGCCAGUAUCAGUGCACUGGUACCACUCCAGCACCAAGUGGUGAUACUGUUGACUCCAUCAUUACUUCAUCCGUGUUUGACGAAAUGCUCAAGUACCGUAACGACCCCAGAUGCCGUGCAAAUGGAUUUUACACUUACACCGCUUUCAUUAAUGCUGCAAGAUCGUAUAAUGGCUUCGGCACCACUGGGAGUGCUGAAGACCGUAGAAGAGAGCUCGCGGCUUUCUUCGCUCAAACCUCCCAUGAAACAACAGGUGGAUGGGACACUGCACCAGAUGGGCGAUUUGCAUGGGGAUAUUGCUUUCUUAGGGAAGAAAACCCGCCAAGCACUUAUUGUACCUCCUCAGCAUAUCCAUGUCCCCAAAGCUACUUUGGUCGAGGACCCAUCCAACUCACUAACAACAACAACUAUGGGCUGUUUGGAAGGUCAGUUAACAGGGACUUGAUCAACAACCCAGAUUUGUUAGCCACAGACCCAACCUUAUCUUUCCAGUCAGCAAUAUGGUUCUGGAUGACCGCACAAGAUAACAAACCAUCAAGCCAUGAUGUUAUUACUAGAAGAUGGACGCCAUCAGCUGCUGACACUGCAGCUGGUCGUGUCUCGGGUUUUGGUGUGAUCACGAACAUCAUCAACGGUGGUUUAGAAUGCGGGCGGGGUCAGGACAAUAGGGUGGAGGAUAGAAUUGGGUUUUACAGAAGGUAUUGCACCAUGUUGGGAGUUAGUCCGGGAGACAAUCUUGAUUGCAACAAUCAAACGCCUUUUGCUUAAAAUAAGUUGUCUUGUUACUUAUAAUAAAUAUGUUGUUGUUAUGUAAUAAAACCAUUCCUACAAUGGGUAUUUUAAAUGUUCAUGAUAUAAUACAUAAGGAGAAUUUUAUGGUUCUCCAUUUCAAGUUCAAUCAA